CGCGGCAACGAGCCAAACGCUGGAGUGGAGUACGAGACAUUUUUGAAUUCAGUCUAGCACGAGCCACUGCUCAGGAGACACCCGUAGGAGACUUGCUUGUUUCAAGUGAAUAAACAAGAGAAAAUGCCGGGCCACCGUCAGCCUAGCUCCCUAGAGGGGCUCAGUUUGGGACGUGUGUGCCAGCAGCUCGACGGGACGUGCCGCCGCCUUCAAAUGCGAUCUCAAGAAUCACCUGCCGCUCAAGUGUUCGCCUAUGCGAAACAAACUAUCAGGCCUUACUAUGUGAACGCCCUUCCGGCGCGCCUUCGUUCUCAAGUGAUAGAGGAAACGUCCAAAAUGCUUUAUGGACCUUCGCCGGAUGGUUCUACUCUGAUCUCCGGCCCGGCACCAUUGUAUCUACUUGCUCUUUUACUCGGACAUGAUAUCAGAAGUCUCAAAGUUAAUUUGUGCUGCUACUAUGGAUGCAGCCAUCAAACUUCGCUCCUAAAAUUAUUAGCGGCAGAAGGGGUUGGACUGGAGUCUCUUGAACUGGCUCGUUCUGCACUACUUAGACUGGACUGUAAGCUACUUAGAACGUCAUUGCGAAACAUGACGAAUUUGAGAAGUUUAACACUCAGGAACAUAGCAAACGAUGCGGUACUACAAGUGAUUGGAAAAGCGUGUUCGAAACUGGUCGUUUUGGAUGUUGCCUGCUCCAGACAAGUAACAGACAUUGGUCUCAAACAGUUGCUGUUGCAAGUCGAACUUCGUGACAAAACUUUGUAUCACCCUCCUGUUCAAGAAUCUAAUAGUUGGUCCCGCAUAAAAACGCUUUUUUCGAAACUGAAACUCAAGAGUUUGAAGACUGAAAAAGAUUCCGAUUUUGGAGUACUGCUCGAGUACUGUGAAAGCAGAAACUUCCUCUGUGAUACGCUUAGGGUUUUAAACGUGGCCAAUACAAGUGUAACGAGUGAAGGAGUGCUUAUCGCUCUUGCUCACGUUCCAAAAUUGGAAUCGUUGGCCGAAUACAAUCACGUAGGAAGAGUAAUGGAAAUUAUGAACCGAGGCGCAACUGGUUUGAACCCUCCGUUCAGCCUGACUCAAGCCCGUACUUUAAGAACCACGCCAUCCAGAUUAGAAAUCUUAGCACAGGCUUGUCCAAAGGUGGAAAAACUUCAUAUUUCUGAGCCUCACCAUCCCCCGGAGUCACUCAGACUAUUUUCUUGUGUUACUUCCCUGAGUGUUCAUAGUAUUCCAGCACAAAAACAAUGGCUGGAGGGUUUCUACGGCUACCUGCGCACCAAUGGCCAAAACUUGCACGAUCUAAACCUACGAAUAAUGCAAAGUGAAAACCCAAUAAAAUUAGAUCUCAGAGAAAUAUUUUCCAGCUGCCCGAAUCUUAGAAUACUAUCUAUGGAUGGUUCGAACGUUGUUUGGAGUAACAGAACCGAUCCUCCACCUCUGAGACAUCUAAAGAAAGUUCAACUAGGUCGCACAGUUAGCGCAAUGACGAUAACAAAAACACUUUCUCUGGCACCAGAGCUGACAGAUUUACAUGUUCACAGUUGUUUUGAUCUCACUAACUUGCACUUGGAAAAGUUAUUGAAUGUUUCAGCAAAAUCAAAAAGUGGAUGUAAGUCAGAGAAAUGUAAAAAUAGUUUGGUACAAAAUUUGAAUUGCUUUUACAUUUACGAGGCAAGCAAUGUGUCAACUUCUACUGUUUUGAAUAUGCUUUACAGCUGCAAAAAUCUUAAGCGAAUCGGAAAUUUGGCCAACUGGGGCUUGGACUGUGAGGGAGUAAGAAUUUUGCGGGAGACUUUGGCUCGAGACAAUUUUGAUGUCAAUUUAUCCCCCGGCUCGCAUUGGUUUUGGAGUAAUUGUAUCCAAUAGCGUAAAUUGCACCCAUUAUCGUAUCAUCAUAGCAAAUAUUGACAUCCAAGUACGUACAACUGAU